UGCCCGACAACAAGCUCGCCACCUGCGCUGGGCACAUCCACCCUCCAAGGCCCAUCUGAGGGUCACCAGAGAGAGGAUGAGGAGAGAGAGUCGAACACAGGCUGCCCUGAGAGACAUUUCCAUGGACAUCCUCAUGCUGCUUCUGCUUUUGGGUAUAAUGUAUGGGAGGUUUUCUCAAGAUGAAUACUCCCUCAAUCAAGCUAUCCGGAAAGAAUUUACAAGAAAUGCCAGAAACUCCUUUGGUGGCCUGAGAAACAUCACUGACUGGUGGGACUGGAGUCUGACCACACUUCUGGACAGCCUGUACCCGGGAGGCUCCCCAACAACCCGUGUACUGGGGGCUCAGCCUGGAGCUCUUGGAGGAAAAUGCUAUCUAAUAGGCAGUUCUGUAAUUAAGCAACUAAAAGUUUUUCCUAGCCAUUUAUGCAAGCCUCCCAGGCCAUUUUCAGCACCCACUGAAGACUCUAUUCCUACAUGUAGCCCCAAAGGUGGAGGCCCUGAGAACCCCUACCUAAUAGACCCAGAGAACCAAAACAUGACCCUGAAUGGUCCCAGGGGCUAUGGGGCAAGGAAGGACUGUGUGCUCAGCCUGGGCAGAACAAGGCCUGAAGCCCACACAGCCCUGUCUCGACUCAGGGCCAGCACGUGGAUUGACCACAGCACCAGGGCUGUGUCUGUGCACUUCACCCUCUAUAACCCUCCAACCCAACUCUUCACCAGCGUGUCCCUGAGCGUGGAGAUCCUCCCUACAGGGAGUCUCGUCCCCUCAUCCCUGGUGGAGUCAUUCAGCAUCUUCCGGAGUGACUCAGCCCUGCAGUACCACCUCGUGCUUCCCCAGCUGGUCUUCCUGGCGCUCAGCCUGGUCCACCUCUGUGUUCAACUCUACCAUAUGAUGGAUAAGGGCUUCCUCAGCUACUGGCGAAAACCAAGGAACUGGCUGGAGGUAGCCUCUCGUGUCAUUUUCUUUUGAAAAAUAACAAUAAACUGUUUAUGUCUUGAAAAAA